UCUCUCUCUCUCUCUCUCUCUCUCUCUAUCUCUGCCCUGCGUUCGCUCACUCUCUCUCUCCUCUUCGAUCCGGCGAAGAAGCUCGGAAGAGAACCCUCCAUUGCUUUGCUCCUCCGGCUCCACCUUCCCGGUUCCCCGGAAGGCGCCGUGCGCCGCCGCCGCUUCCCGGUGCUCCGUUCCGUCGUCAUCCGGUCGCGCGCGCUCGUCCGUCGUCGUCUGAGGCCUGGGAGGAGAGCUCCGGGGGAUCGCAAGAGCUUCGUCGAAUCCGCUCCGAGCCAUGGUCGCCUUUGGUAAAAAGCUGAAGGAAAGGCAAAUUCAAGAAUGGCAAGGUUAUUACAUCAACUAUAAGCUGAUGAAGAAGAAAGUAAGACAAUAUGCUCAACAAAUUCAAGUUGGAACUCAAGAUCGCCGACAUGUUCUUAAGGAUUUCUCUAGAAUGUUGGACCACCAGAUUGAGAAGAUUGUCCUUUUCCUGUUGGAGCAACAAGGUUGCCUAGCCAGCAGGAUUGCCAAGCUAGGAGAGCAGCAAGAAGCUCUUCAGCAGCAGCAAGAUAUAUCAAAAAUAUCUGAAUUAAGAGAAGCUUAUAGAGAAGUGGGGCGAGAUCUUUUGAAGCUCCUUUAUUUUGUUGAGUUGAAUGCAAUUGGUCUGCGAAAGAUACUGAAGAAGUUCGACAAACGUUUUGGAUAUAGAUUUACAGACUACUAUGUCAAAACUCGUGCUAAUCAUCCUUACUCUCAGCUUCAGCAAGUGUUCAAGCAUGUGGGGAUAGGGGCUGUUGUUGGAGCAAUCUCCCGCAACCUUGCGGAGUUGGAGGAUCGCCAAGGAAGCUACUUAUCAAUCUAUGACCAGCCUGCUCUUCCUCUGCAGGAUCCCACAGUCGAGUUAAUAAAAGCAGCAGUAGACAGGUUGACCCACUCAACGAACUUCCUACACUUUCUGGCACAGCAUGCAUUAAUUUUGCAGGAGGAACUACCAACUCCAGUUGAGGAACAAGUUGACGAUGGAAGAUACCAUUUUAUGUCUUUACUGUUGAACCUGGCGAACACUUUUCUAUAUAUGGUCAAUACAUACAUCAUUGUACCCACAGCAGAUGAUUAUGCCACGAGUCUUGGUGCUGCUGCCACAGUUUGUGGAGUUGUGAUUGGAGCAAUGGCUGUUGCACAGGUGUUCUCUUCAGUAUAUUUCAGUGCGUGGUCAAAUAAAUCAUACUUCAGACCUCUUGUCUUCAGCAGUAUUGUCCUCUUCCUGGGCAAUACCAUGUAUGCAAUGGCCUAUGAUCUAGAUUCGAUCGCUAUUCUUCUAAUUGGUCGUCUUUUAUGUGGAUUCGGCUCUGCUCGAGCUGUUAAUCGACGCUAUAUAAGUGACUGUGUACCUAUGAAGAUCAGAAUGCAGGCAUCUGCAGGUUUUGUGAGUGCUAGUGCCCUUGGCAUGGCCUGUGGUCCUGCUCUUGCCGGUUUAUUUCAGUGUCAUUUCAAAUUUUUCAAAAUUACAUUCAAUCAGGAGACUCUGCCUGGAUGGGCAAUGGCUGUGGGAUGGCUCUUGUACUUAGUAUGGCUGUGGAUUUCAUUUAGAGAACCCUCCCAUGAGAAGGAACCAAGCCACACGCCAGAAGAGUCUAAUGAAGAAUCAUUACAAACCGAUGCUCUUGAGAAUGGUCUCGAGCAACCAUUGCUCAUAAGUUCAGAGGAAAAAAAUGAAGGUGAAAAUGAUGAUCAAGAAUUUGAUGGAAGUGAUGAAGCUUCUGAGGAAUCUCACCAACCAGCCACUUCAAUUGCAUCAGCAUAUAGGCUACUAACGCCCUCUGUGAAGGUUCAAUUGCUGAUUUAUUUCAUGCUCAAGUAUGCAAUGGAGAUUUUGCUCUCAGAAUCUAGUGUCAUCACCUCAUACUACUUUAGAUGGUCAACAACCAAAGUGGCAAUUUUCCUUGCAUGUCUUGGCUUGACGGUUCUUCCAGUAAAUAUUAUUGUUGGAACCUACAUUAGCAACAUGUUUGAAGACAGGCAAAUUUUGCUGGCAUCUGAAGUCAUGGUUUUCAUAGGCAUAGUACUAAGUUUCCACCUAAUAAUACCCUAUUCUGUUGCUCAAUACGUGUCUUCUGGGCUCAUCAUGUUUGUUUCUGCCGAAGUUCUCGAAGGUGUCAACCUGUCGCUACUCUCGCGGGUCAUGUCAUCCCGGCUUUCACGGGGAACCUACAACGGUGGCUUACUUUCGACAGAAGCGGGAACGAUCGCCCGGGUGAUCGCAGAUGGCACGAUAACGUUAGCCGGUUACUUGGGGGAGAGUAGGCUCUUGAACAUCACCCUCCUUCCUUCACUAGUGAUUUGCAUAUCAUCCAUCAUGGCCACCCUUUACACUUACAACUCCCUCUACUAAGUUUCUUGUCUCUCGUAGCCAUACCCCAUUUUAAUGCCAUCCUAUCCUUGUUCUCUUGUCCUUCCUUAUUCAAUUUUCUUCUCCAAUAAUGUAUGUAUAGGUGCUCUAAACUGUAACUAAUGAGGUCGAUUGACUUUUUCUGGAGUGGGAUUCUCUAGGGCUGCGUUUGGUCGUCUGGAUUUCUAGCCAGAAUAGGACUUGAUAGGAUAGGAUAUGAAAUCCAAAGAUUUUUGCUGUAUUCUAUCCACUUUUUGGUGAAUCAUGGUAAUAAAGCGGGAUAUUUUCAUAUUUUAUCAA